AUGCACGGCACGGACGGGAAAGUCGGUAUCAGCUUUCCCGCGGGCAACGAGGCCUCUGCCCUACCUUUUCCCCGGAAAGCUGUAUCGUAUCGUAAAGUACUAAAUAAGCUAUCUAUAUACAUGUACUCGACCAGGCAGGCAGAUGUAACAAAUACUGCCAUGGAUAGAGACGCCUCUAGUGGAGUCGGCUGUGUUGUCGAGGGCAGCGGGAUGAAUAUUUCUGAAACUGGAGAAUCUUCAACCAGGAGGGUCGUUCAAGUCCCGUUUUGUACGUCUGACAGACUGACACCCUCUUCUUUGUCGACUAGUGCAAUGGGCAAUCUCAUCCUUCACCACAUCUCCAAUCCCGCCAACGCAGGCCGCAAGCUCCAUUUCUACGCUUCUUCCGGAGGAAAUGCCGGGUUGGCAGCCGUCUGCGCCGCGCGCUCGCUGUCGUACCCCUGCACCGUCGUCUUACCCACCUCGACGUCGCCGCUCAUGGUGCAGAAGCUUCGUGCCGCUGGCGCCACCGAAGUCAUCCAGCAUGGCGAGACGAUUGCCGCUGCGGGCGAGUACAUGAAGAAUGUCGUAAUGAAGGAGGAGAAGCACGGUCCGGGAAGUGACGAUGACGUCGUGAAGAUCGCGUUGCAUCCGUUUGACCACGAGGCCAUCUGGGAAGGGAACAGUACCAUUGUCGAUGAGCUGGCAUAUCAGCUUCCCCCAGCGGAUGAUGAAGGUGACGCAAGGGCACUUCCGGUAGAUGCUGUGAUAUGCAGUGUCGGGGGAGGUGGCUUGAUGAACGGCUUGGUGAGGGGCAUCGAACGACAUAGACAGCGGCGAGGAGACAAGCAGCAAAAAGACAUCCACAUUCUCGCGGCCGAGACGGAGGGCACGGCAUCCCUCGCUCUGGCCAUGUCUCGCAAAGCUCUCGUUUCCCUGCCCAAGAUCACCUCCCUGGCGACGUCGCUGGGUUGCGUCCGCGUCUCGGCCCAGACGCUGGAGUAUGCCCUGUCACCGCCACCCGGACUCGCCAUCCACAGCGUCGUCCUAUCCGACGCUGACGCUGCAAGAGGCGUUCUGCGGCUGGUGGACGACGAGCGGCUUCUCGUGGAGCUAGCUUGUGGCGUAUGCGUCGAGACUGCGGUUGGAGUUGUCGACGAGAAACCACGCGGGACAAAGAGAAGGAAGAGAAGUUCGGCAGGAGACGAGGGCUACGGCGACGACCGGGAUGACGAUGCACGGAGCAGCCGGAGCAGCAGAAAUGGCUCCUCUACAGCCGAUGGGCCGUCAUCAGCAGCAUCAUUUGCCGACAGCGCCGUGGGCUCAGACGAGGAAACAGAGAUGAUACCGCCCCGGCAGCUCACCCGGUUAAAACAGCUUGUUCCUGACUUGACCCCCGAAAGCAGG